AACUAAACCUCAAGCUACAUCUCAAAUCUAACCUUAAAAGCCGCGUGGUCAUGUAAUGUCCAACCUUACAAGAAAUUAAAAUCGUCGCGGAACAUAAAGCAAAUAUACAAUUUCUUGCCACAUAUUUUGAUUGUGUUAUGACACUAUUAUGGCAGUAGAGGCAGGCCAAAUAGAUAAAAAUAUAGAAAUUAAACUUUUAAUUAAUUUUUCCAUAGAUGAAGUUUCUAAUUUGCCAUGCAAUGUAUGCAGCAUAUUAAAUGGCCAAUACAAAGAUAUAAUAGAUAGUGAACUUUCUGCAUAUAUCAAAGCGAUAAGCAAUGGUGAUAACAUAGAAGAAAUUGUGCAUAACAGUAUAUCUGAGACUGAUACGCAUUUGUCAUGGCUAUACGUAGGAAUAGCUUCAUUGUUAUACUUUGCCCAAUGUAAUUGGACAGGUCCGCAUGUUGAUAAGGAUAUUGAAUGGUUAAAAACCAGGAGAGAUGAAGCACUUAAAGGCUUAUCAUUAAAUGAUGAAUGUAAUAUAAAUGUACAAAAGCCUGAACUUCUUUAUCUGUCUAAGAAAAUAUUCUCUAAUAUCGAUUUACAGCUCAAGUAUGAAAGUUGCAUUUGGUGGCUAUUUAGAGCUAAUUUAUUGCAUCAACAUGUAAUAGAUGAAACUUCAGCAAUAAUACUUGAAAAAACCGAGCAUAUAAUAUCGCAAAUUAAUAAUCUUAAUAUAUUAAAAGAUCCUCUUUGUAAGCUAUUAUUUAAUCUAGAAUCUGCUAGAUUUUAUUUAUGCUAUAGAAGAACGCAAAAUUCUGAGGAAUAUCUUGAAAAUGCUCAGAGCAUAGCAGGUUUAACAUUAAAUCUAGAAGGAGCAAUGGGAAAACGUACAAAGUACCAACAAGAAGAAAAAGCACAGUUGUAUUUGAAAGUAGAAAUGAACAAAAAUAUUUUCCCAUCAGUAGAUUGCAAAGAUAUACCAAAAUCUUUGAACUUAAACGACGAGUUGAGAUUGGAACGCAUUGAAUUUUCAGAGUACAAAGAGGAGAUCCAAUUGGGUGCAUUGGAGGAAGCAAUAAUUUUAGCAAAAUAUGUUCAGUUGCAGAUGUGUCAACCUAAGCACAAACUCACUGAUGAGGAAAUCAUGCCCUAUCUGAGAAAAGUUAUAGAGAAUACAAAGAAUUGGUCAUUAAAAAUGACUUCUUUGUGCUGUCGUUGCUCAUUGGAAUCUAAUGAUAAAAGAACUGUCGAGCGGUCUAUGAUGCAAGCAGAGUCUUUACUAAAAGAUUACAAUGAUACAAAAGCAUCUGUAGCUAGAAGAAUGGAUCUAUUAUUCGCAAGCGGUAUGAAACCUAUUUGGGCAUUGGAAGAGAACUGGGCUAACUUAAUGUUCAGUCUUGGCUUGGUGAAGGGUGCUCUAGAAGUUUUUAUAAAACUUGGAUUAUGGGAGAACGUGAUUAUUUGUUAUAAUGUAUUAAAUUUGAAACACAAGGCAGCUGAGAUUAUUCAGCAAGAAAUAUCUAAAAAGCCAACAGUAAUGUUGUGGUGUCUACUAGGAGAUGUAACUGGAGAUGUGAAUCAUUAUGAAACAGCAUGGAGAUUGUCUGAGAAAAAAAGUAGUAGAGUUCAGAGACACUGGGGAUUCUAUUACUUUACAAAGAAAGAUUAUGCUGAAGCUAUACCACAUUUAAAUUUAUCAGUCCAAUUGAAUAACAUCCAAGAGCACGUGUGGUUUAGAUUGGGUUAUGCAGCAUUGCAAAUAGAGGAUUGGAAGUUAGCUGCUACAGCAUAUAGACGUUAUUGUGCUUUAGAACAAUCUACUUUUGAGGCAUGGAACAAUUUAGCAAAAGCAUAUAUUAAAUUGGGAGAUAAACCAAGAGCUUGGAAGUCUUUACAGGAUGCUAUAAAAUGCAAUUAUGAUCGUUGGGAAAUAUGGGAUAAUUUGAUGGUUGUUAGCAUUGAUUUGGGACAGUUUUCAGAAGUUAUUCGAUGUUAUCAUCGUAUCUUGGAUUUGAAGAAUAACCAUUUGGAUAUUCAAGUUCUUCAAAUAUUGACUAAUGCUAUAAUAAACAAUAUUAUUGAUGCAGAUGGAAAUUCGGCGUCUCGUUUGCUUCAAAACAGUUUGGAAUUAUUUGGAAGAAUUACUAGUUCUAAUACAAUUAAUAGUCCAGAUAUUUGGAGAAUGUAUGCUGAACUUGUCAUAUUGAGAAAGACAGACAUUGAUAAGGAAAGAGCAGCGCAAUACUUACAACAAGCGCAUCGUAUCGCCACUUCAAAUCCAAAAUGGUCUUACAGGGAAGAAACAAGUCUAAAUAUGUCGUUUGCGGGGAAAGUUGUUUUGAUAACAGGAGCCAGCUCAGGAAUUGGAGCUGCGACAGCUGUUCACCUGGCUCAGCUUGGUGCAUCGCUGUCGAUAAGUGGACGCAAUAAGGAUAAUUUAAAUAAAGUAGCCGAACAAUGCGGACAGUCUAAGCCAUUUAUUGUAACUGCAGAAUUAACUGACGAAACUGAUGUGAAAAAUAUUAUUGACUCAACAAUUAAGCAUUAUGGCAAACUAGAUGUUUUAAUUAAUAAUGCUGGAGUUUUGGAAAAUGGUAGUAUAGAAUCUACAAGUCUGGAACAAUACGACAGGGUUUUCAAUACAAAUGUUCGUUCAAUAUACCAACUGACAGCACUAGCAGUGCCACAUUUAAUCAAAACAAAGGGCAAUAUUGUUAACGUUUCUAGUGUAGGCGGAUUACGAUCUUUCCCAAAUUGUUUGGCAUAUUGCAUGAGUAAAGCAGCUCUGGAUCAAUUUACACAUUGUAUUGCUUUGGAAUUGGGCCCAAAACAGGUGCGUGUGAAUGCUGUAAACCCUGGUGUUGUAGAAACAAAUCUCCAUCGUCGUAGUGGAAUGAAUGAAAAACAGCUACAAGCCUUUUUUGAGCAUAGCAAAGAGACGCAUAUUCUAGGAAGAACGGGUGACGUUACAGAAGUCGCAAAGACUAUUGCGUUUUUAGCGAGCGACGACGCCAAUUUCAUUACAGGCGCAUCAUUACCUGUGGAUGGAGGUAGACAUGCUAUGUGCCCUCGUUAAAAAUCUUACAUCAUAUUUUGUGUAAACAAUAUAUAGUAUAUUUAACAUACACAAUAUACAUCAUGUAUCAGAUUUACAACAGUAACAUCAAUGGAGAUCAAUCUAUAUAUUUGUACUCUACUUGGAUAGUUCCAACAAAAUUGUUGAUAUAAUGUUCUAUAUUUUUUUUUUAUACUUAUACAGAGAUUAUAAUUUUUAUAUUUACAUUUGCCAUAUAUUUUAUGUGAAAGAAGUUACUUACAAUGUAUGUAUUCAAUAAAAUAAAAGGAAAUAA